UCGAUGCCCUAAUAACAAACCCUACACCCUCGCGUUCUCUCGCUCGGCGAAGGUAGAGCAGCGGUGCGAGCCGCGGUGAGAGAGAUCGGUGGUGGAUCAUGGCGGACCAUGAUGGGAGGUACGAUGGCAACGGUGAUGGUUACGGAGACUAUGGUGCUAGCGAACGGAGUGGUGGCGGCAGCGGUUUUGAGGAAUUUGGAGAUCCCAAAUCUCAGUAUGAUUCUCACGAACAUGAAAGGGGGUCCUCAAGAAGCAGACACAGGGAGAGGGAGAGGGAUAAGGAUAGAGAUAGAGAUAGGGAUAAAGGGAGAGAUAGAGAGAGAGAUAGGGAGCGGGACGGGGGCAGAGAUAAGGAAAAGGAUAGAGAUAGAGAACGGGAUAGGGAUCGGGACCGCCAUCAUCACGAGAAGAGUGAGAGAAGGGAGCACGGCCGUGAGAGAUCUGAUGACCGUGACCGGCGCCGUAGUCGAGAUUAUGAUAGGCACAGGGACUUUGAAAGAGAAAGGGAGGGGCGUCGUAGGCAUAGGUCUCGAUCUAAGUCAAAAGGUAGAUCUGAUCACAGAUCAAGAUCACGAUCUCGCUCAAGAUCAAAGAGCAAGCGUAUCAGUGGGUUUGAUAUGGCACCACCUGCAGCUGCUAUGAUGCCUGGUGUGGCUGCAACAGGUACAUUUACCUCUACUUUGCUUAUCACCAUUUUUCUAUUUCUGUGAUGGUGUGUUAUUUUUGGUAAUUAGUGAGGACCAGUUGUAUCAAAAUUCAUAGUGUUUCUAGGGCAUGGAUAUGGGUAUGAAUGUCCCAAGUAUUCAGAGAAUUUAAUGAAAAUCAAAUAAGUGGACACAGUCAUAAAUAUGUGUACAUGUGUGUGUAGACAUAUGAAUCACAUUGUUUUUAGAAGGUUGGAGAAUGUUUUAGUAAAGCAAUUUGUUUUUGUGUCUUUGUAUGUGUAUUAAGAUAUUGUGAACUAUACUCUUUUUUUUUUUUUUUGGAGAAGGGUGGAGAACAUUGUAAUGAAACAAGUUUUUUUAAAAAAAAUAUAAUUUUGGACAAGGAAUUUAACUUGUAU